CGUAAAGGGAAAAUAUCAGGGAAAAUAACAGGGAAAUAACAGAGAAAAUAGAACCACAUAGGAUUUAAUUUUCGAUGCACAAAUUUAUAAAGGUGUGCUUCGUUUAUUAAUACCGGUUUAUGAUUGAUAUUUGAUGGCUUGAUAAAUGGUGGUAAAAUUUAAAGACUCUUCAAACAAUCCGGCUUUGUGGCUACAACCAGUAAGUCGAAACUAGUUAUACUUCAACUGCUGCAUUUCUUGUUCACAAUGCUUCGAGUCUUCAUCUGUGGAGCUCACAGUGUUGGUAAAACAACCUUAGUGAACGAAGUUGGAAAGCGGUUAAACUUACAUGUGGAAGCUGAAGUUGCUCGAAAAGUGAUCACGGAUUUAAAUCUUCGACGAGAAGAUUUUGACCCAAAGACUAAUCCAUCGAAGUUCGAAGAGCUUCAGGAAAGAAUUCUCGAAGCACAAUGUAAAGUCGAGGAACAGCAUUCGAGAAGUGGGACGCCGUACAUAGCAGAUCGAGGAAUUGAUCCAUUGGUUUAUUCUUUGAUGUACCUGGGAGAAAAUAGCAUGAAAAGACUGUUGAGUUUGCCGUCAAGCCAAGAGUGCAUAAGCAGGUAUAGGACUUCCUUAGUGUUCGUAGUGCGACCCUUCCCAGAAUGCUUGCAGACCGAUAGCAUUCGCCUCGUUCCGAAGAUGGAGGACCUGCUAAACUUCACAAACCUGAUGGAGGAAGUUCUUCAGGGCAACAGAAUCCCGUAUACCGUCAUCGACGUGUUAGACCUGAAGAAAAGAGUUGAUAUUAUUCAAGAGAAAAUAAUGGAAUGCGGAAGCCUGAGAGUUGUUGCAAGGACGGAUGGAGACACCUUAAAUCGAGAUGAUUAGGUAUCCUAUCCAGUGGCAAGAUACCAUCACGUGAUUUACUUGCGUGAUAUCGAUGGUGAAUACAAAACAGUGUGGAUUCAUUUGAAAAAUAAAGAAGCUGCGUUUGUGCUCUCUUACUUUAAUAAUUGCACACGAUGCAGCGAUCGCACGAAAAACGUUUUAGGGAAACACGAGAUACAGUCGCGUAUUUUUCACGUCUUCUUGAUUGUCCUCAUUUCUACGUUCACUUUCAGUCUUUUUUAUAUGGAAUUUAUUACUUUCUUACAAGGAAGCUUGCAACUGUUUAUAUUACAGACAUUGCUGUGGGUAGCUUAAGCUCUGGCUAAGUUGUGCUUUUCUAAAUCAAAAUAUAUUCAUAGUGUCAUCUUUUAGAGAUCUAUUAACCCUCUAACUCCCAUGAGUGAUCAAGACAGAAUUUCUCCUUACAAUAUCAAGACAAUAUCAGGAAGACAGGUGAGGAGAAUACAGAAAAAAUAUCAAUUAGGGGACUAUUGAUUGAUCCAAACCCAAAUUCUCCCAACUAACACUAUGAGAAUUGUAAGGGAGACAGAAAGGAGAAUUACUUAUGAGAACUUGGGAGUGAAAGGGAUAAUUACGCAUCACAGCAGAUAGUGUCUGUGUAGAGAGAAAAGGAAAAAAAACAAAAAGUGCUUACAUGGAACCUAUAACCACAAGCUUAAUAGAUCCACCGAAAUAAUUAUUUGUACAAGAUAUCAAAGCUUUUUGAUGGAAAGUCUCUGGACGUUGUCUCGUGCUACAGAAUUUUGUAAAUCUAAUAACACCGGUACCUUCAUGUUUAUCUCUGAAGUUGCUAUGCGACCCAUGCGAAUGUCUUUUUCACCUGCUGAUUUUGUGUUACUCUUUAGAUCGCCUGUCACUGAAAAUCAGCGUUGUAAUCUUAGUGACAUGACAGACUUAGAAAUUUCCUUUUCAAGGUAUCACAGAAGUCAAACUGUUAUCCUAUAAAAGUAUACAUUUUCUUAAAAGCUUAAUAAACACAGA